ACGCGAACCGCUGGUAAAGGAACUCGCGUGCAUCCAUCUAUCAUCUAUUCCUUGCGUUUUUUUUAUUAGUGUGUUUUCUAUUGAUGAUGAUUGAAUUUGGCGUAAAUAAACUUAUCUUGUAUAAACAGAAAUUGUAACUUUUAUAGUUUGAAUGUUGACUACCAUGGUUCAAGUGAAUAUUUUUUACGAUGGUAGAUACACAACAUUUUUGCCUGCGUUGGAACAAUUAUCAGAGCAGCAUUACCUCAGCCUUCGAAAACCUCCGUGACGAUGAGGACUUCGUAGAUGUAACUUUAGCAUGUGAUGGAAAAAGCCUGAAAGCACAUCGAGUAGUGUUGUCUGCUUGUAGUCCCUAUUUCCGAGAGUUACUGAAGAGUACUCCUUGCAAACAUCCUGUGAUAGUCCUUCAAGAUGUCGCCUGGACGGACCUGCACGCCCUGGUGGAAUUCAUCUACCACGGAGAAGUCAACGUGCACCAACGUUCCUUAUCGUCAUUUCUCAAAACGGCGGAAGUUCUUAGAGUUAGUGGCCUCACCCAACAACACGGUGACGGUCGCGACCAAUUGGCACAAGUACAAAGUAUGGUUAGAUCCCAACAACAUUCGACGCCGGUAUCGAAUCAUCACCCGACAUUCACCGAAAAGCUAGUAGAGGACGCCCUCUUCACGUCACCCUCAUCCCCCCCGCAUGGCGCCACCGUCAACCAGCUUCUCAGGCGGGCGGCGAUGCAGUAUAGAAGAGAAAGAAGGAUAUCUAUAGAUCCGGAAAACGAUCACAAGAGAGUUAGAGCAGAACACAUCAUAGGAAAUAAUAAUAAUAACGAAUUGAAUUUAUCAACGCACACGCAUCCGCCGCAAACGCAACCGGCCGAUUUCUCGCCCAGCGCCAUGAAAAACAAUGUCCUCAACCUCAAUUUGAAUUCGAUGAAAAAUGAAAUAGAAGGUAACGGCAUCAGCAGUACGGAAAGAGAAAAUUCACCUUGUUCGCCUUCACCUACGACACUCCACUCUCGGUGCACAAAUGACAACAACGAGAAUGUGAAAAACGAACCAAUGGAACUACUGUGCGGCACCAAUCAGGACGGCGACAGCAACGACUCCACAGACAUGACUAACGAACACGGGCCUAACAACCUACCUCAGGGACCGCACUCGGGCAGUUCUGGCGGAGAUCAUGAUGAUCAUGACAGUGCCAUCAGCCCCUAUUUAACUCCGGAGAGCAAGCUUUUCGCUACAGCGGCCGGCAGCUUUAACUUUAGUAUGGCGGCGCUGGCCGGGGAUCCGACCAGUCUUGGAGGUUUGAAUCAGUCUCUACAGGGAAAUGACAGCUUAGCCGGCACUUCUCAAGGGGCGUCGCCCAAGAAGGUGUUCACGUGCCAGCUGUGCGGUAAGGUGCUGUGCUCAAAGGCCUCCCUCAAACGACACAUCGCCGACAAGCACGCAGAACGACAAGAAGAAUACCGGUGCGUUAUCUGCGAACGCGUGUACUGCUCGAGGAACUCUCUGAUGACGCACAUCUACACGUACCACAAGUCGCGCCCCGGGGAUAUCGACAUUAAGUUCUUUUAGCCAGAGCACCCGCCCCAGCCGCUGCUGCCUGCGACCACACUUCCAGGGCCGGUGCGGAUGCCCCCUCCCACAUCCGGAGGCAUCAACGAGCCCCAAGAGUGUCCCUACUGUAGGCGCACCUUCAGCUGCUACUACUCACUCAAGAGGCACUUCCAAGACAAGCACGAACAGUCGGACACGCUCUAUGUAUGCGAGUUCUGUCACAGACGGUACCGCACCAAGAACUCGCUCACCACCCACAAGAGUCUUCAGCACCGCGGCUCCUCCGGUAUGCUCAAGCGACUGCUCAAGACGACGGCCAUCAAGAGCGUCCUGCGCGCCUCUGCUACCUCCCCGAACCAGCAGCCGCCUCCGCGCCUCCAGUGAGCCCUGGCGAUGAUGGCCUAAAAGCUACUCGAACCGAAAGUACAAAUCCCCACAGAGCCCCAACGUAGUUUUUAUAUAAACCUGUAUUCACUACGGCUGCCAGAUAUAUCCCCACGCAUAUAGUCCCUCUCCAAUGACAUAUCUUCAUCAUCAUAUCACCCUCCGAUGCAUCAUCAAUGCCGGUGUGUUUAUCGUGAUCUGCCCAUUGCAUUGAAUGCGAGACAUUUCCAGUGUUACUGUGAUUCAGUUCAGAUUUUAUUCCCCUUGCGAGCGGCCAAGAAUGCCCUCGAUACCCCUUCGGGUAUUUAUCACAUUCUAUUUCUACUUGCUAGGAAAAAUUAUUGCGUUGAGCAUGAAUUUAGUACCCUUUGGUGACGUUCAGGGAGAUGUCUGUCUGUCGUUUGACCAAUAAUUAAUUUUACCUGGCUUAUUCAUAGAAGAGUGACAGUUUCUUAUCGGUCAAAUGAACUGAAUUUCGGAGACAGACCAACUAUCUCUCAAGUCUCUUUCACAGACCUUUGUUGUACGCUAUAAUUUAUUUAACCAGUGAAAAACUUUUACUUCCUUAAAAUGAGGAUAUGGUAUUUUCUUAUUGCCCAAAUGAAUAUUGGUACGUGACUGACAGUUCUGUAUGAAAGAGAUUUUAGAUGAAAACAGACAAAAAGAACAACAGUUUUUUCAUUUUAAGAACAUGAAAAAAAGAAAUAAUUACAUUUAGGCGUUUGCACAGUGCAUGGUUUAUGACUGAAUUAACUAGGUAUUCACUAACAAUCUCAUGGCAAAAUUCCGAACCCCCCGAAGAAAGAUCUCCACAAAAAUGAAAAGAAGAAGAUGCAUGCAGUCACGCAUGACUACAGCCUCGUGCUCAUUGCGUUUUUUCUCCUGUCUUCCCAUGCCCAUUCCCACAAUCAUUGGAUAUUUGUCACAUUCUUCAGGUUAUAAUUUGAGUUGUCCAUACCGUGAUCCAAUACUGCACAUUAACAUCUGACUUUAUGUUGUCUUGCCUGCAACUAAGAUCUUUUAUACAGCCCUGUUUUGUACAGAUGUUCUCUCGCUGUAAUCAUUUUAAACCAAUCCCUGCAUUAUGUAGCAGUUCUUCAGUUCAGUUCAAGCUUCAAUUAAUGGAAUAUUUUUUUGUUACUACAAACAGAUUUUUAAAUGCUAUUUUGGAAUCAAAACCUCAAUUUUAGUCAGCAGUAUUUAUCAAUUUCAAAAUCUGUUUCGAAUUAUGACAUCAAAGAGCAAACAGGCGUAGAAAAUAUUGAUCUUUUAAACGUGACUUUCUAUUGUUAUGAAUGUGUAUAUGCGUGAAACUAACGAGCUCUACAUUUAGGGAUUGAAAUGCUUCUGCUUCCUUCCUCUCUUAGGUUGAGGCAAAGAUACGGAGGAGUGAGUAUGCAACUCGAAUGUCCAUUCCUUCUUAAUUUAUUUUUUCUCUAAAGUAAUGUAUUUCAAAAUGGUAGGUGCAAAAUGGAUGUUAGUAAUUGAUAAAAGACAAAAGAAGAUAAUAAUUUCACUUUCGAAUACAAAAAGCAGUUUUUGUACUUUCGUAGAUUUAAUAAUUGAGACCCUUUUUCACAAAUUCCAAUUAUUUCAAAUUAGAUAAUUUUGUUUUUCUCUUUCGUUAUUCUUUCAUAGGUUUUCGGUUUUUUCCUAGGUUUCAAUAGAAUUUAGAAUUAUUUCUACCAACCAUUUCAGAGCUGAUCUGACCUCUUAGCAAAGGUCUUUAUCAAGUCAAGCGGAGGAAUGUCAAUCUUUAAGUUUAAAAUUUUUUCGAUCAUCCAUGACGCUAGAAAUCGCAGUUUACAAGAUAAGAGACCUCGUUAAUCAUUAGCUCGCACAAGUUUCGGCUUUUGAGAGUGGUAAGGAAGCGACAGCUAAUUAACGAAAAAUCGGAUGCAGAUUAUAACUUUUUAUUCAAAUAUCUAUACGCACACCUAGUUAGGAAACUAUAAUAGUUUCCUAACUAGGUAUUCUUUGUACUAUAUUCCUUGUACUGUGCAAACAAUACAAACUCAAUUUCACUGUUGAACUAAUAAGAAUUGUAAUACAAUCAAUUGACACGUAACUGAAAAACAGCAACAAAUCCAAUUAAUACCAUGCCACAGAUAUCUAUCUCUUCAAUGUUUUCAGUUUGGAAAUUGAGAGGAAAGAGUUUGGUCUCUCCAGACACACUUUAUUUAAACUAUUUACCACUACUUAUAAUGGUACAUACUGAGGUACAUAAUUAAAAUCAUAUGUAGAAUUUUCAGGUAUUGGAAUGCUGAAAAAUAUUUCUGUGAUGUGGCUGCUAAAAAUCGAGGGGUAUUGGAAAUGGGAUAUUUUUUUGUUCAAAGAUAAUCUGGUCUAAAAAUAUGUAUAGCCACAAAAAUAUCUGUCCCGUCAUUUAAAAGAGAAUAAGGAAUCGAAUAUAGCCAAGGGUGACGAAGGAAGCAAUCAAUUUCAAUAGAAGUAACUCUAUACAUAUUAUAAGAAUGUGGACAGAAUAUUUCUCAUAGUAGAUUCAGAAAUUGUCCUUCCAGCUGAUGUACGUUUCACUGUACUCUUCACUUGUGUCUAAUGCAAAACUUGAACUACACAGGCCAAGAAUAUCUAUUUUCUAGAUUGACAUUUGUCAAAAAUAUAUUAUCUAGUGUAGCAGAAAUUGCAAAGACUUUCAACAAAUUUGAAAGAGGAGCUUUAAAAAUAUUUUAAACGUCCCCUUUUAUCCAGCUUUUUGUGGAUGAGUAUUUUCUAUUCAGCUAUUUGUCUUCCAUCUAUCACAAUGAAAUAUUUUGUAUCAUACAUAUUCUUUGUUUGCAGUAAUUUUGGAGAUGAAUCUAAAAAGUAGCAUUUUUGGGAUUAUGCUUAUUUUAUGUUAUCCUACAAUCUGAAUGAAACAAAUGUGAAAUUAACACACAUUCUAGGUAACCCCCACUUCACUUUUCUGUAAGAAAAAUAUAAAAUUCUAGUAUUUUAGCAACCGAUUCUGAUUUACAAUCGAAAAUCAUAUUGAACUAAAAAUGACAGUUUUUCUAUGCAAUUGAAAAAUCUGCUAUCCAAGUAAAAGGUGUAAUACUCUAGUUUGUAAAUAUUACUUUACGAAGCCUUCAGUUCAAAAUGUACCAACAAAAUCGGUCAAGUCAUCAUAGUAAUAACAUUUAAACGAUACAUUUGUGGAGAAAUUAAUGAAUUUAUGGGAUUUUGCAUGGUUUAUGAUCUACAAUCUGAAAAAAACUAAAUCAGUAUGAAUGGACUCGAAUUUAAGUAUCCCCACAUCACUUUUCUCUUGGAAAAAUAUAGAAUCAUAUUGUUUUGGGGACAGAUCCUGGUUCACAAGCGGCAAACAUUUAUAAAUUAAUAAGUGCACUCCUGCACUUAUUUUGAAUUUGAUCCAAUUCAAAUUAUGAAAAAUUUCUGUGUUCAUGUCAUACAAUUUUACAGUAUAAAUCAAUAUCUGAACCAUCCGUUUCAUUGGUCUAUUGCUGACUGUCUUUAUUUAAAACUGACUGAGUUGCCUCGUUUUUUUUCCAAAAGAGCGGAUAUUACUUUUCAUAAAUAGUUUCAAAUCAUGAAGUCAGAGAAAGUGACUUCUAUUUGAUUCAAAAUCCAUAAAAUGUAGUUAUUUCAGAUCAUUCCUCUGAUUUGUAUCUGAAAGAAGCAUUUAUCAAUGACCUACUCUAAGACACUUCAGAUAUUGAAAAGUCACCCUUGUUCGUUUCAAAAAUAAUACAUGAUUUUUUUUCAGCAGUUACAGAAAUUUUGAAUCAUUAUUUUCAUGAGUUGACGGUUUACUAACUGCGUUGAUUUGCUGA